AUGAAGAACCUUAUUUUUGUAUCCGUUAUACCUUUAAUCCUGUUGGUAUUGGUUGCAUCUGGUUUAGCAUCCGAUAUCCAUGAAGAAGGAUAUUGUGUUAUGCGAGGCCAGUGUGGCUCAAAACAACCUUUCGGUAAACAAUUAAAUUGCCCCUACAAUAAACCGGCUGAAGAGCCGGAUGAAGAUUUGAGGUUAAAACUUGUUGAAAUUUGUGGAUCGAAAUUUGAAAACUCCUUAGUAUGUUGUGAUGCGGAUCAAUUGGAUGACCUUAGGGAAAGCACAAAACAAGCUGAGACUUUGAUUAGUGCUUGUCCCGCGUGUUGGAAGAACUUUCUCGGUUUUUUCUGCACUUUUACAUGUUCUCCAAAUCAAUCUACUUUUGUUAAUGUAACUUCAAUUGGUAAUAAUUCCGAAUCAACCGCUGAAAUCGUUACAAGUGUAGAUUUCUUUGUGGGUGAAAAUUAUGGAAAAGGUUUUUUUGAUUCCUGUAAAGACAUCAAAUUUGCCGCAACAAAUGGUUAUGUUAUGGAUUUCAUUGGUGGUGGCGCUACUAAUUAUCAUGAUAUGUUGAUUUACUUGGGUAUGGAGCGUCCAAUGAUCGGCUCUCCUUUUCAGAUUAAUUUUCCACUCACUGAUCCAUUAAAGGUUAUGACCCCUUUUGAUGAACCGGCGAUACGAUGUAAUGAUACAGAUGUCAAUUAUCGUUGUUCUUGCAUGGAUUGCCAAUCUAUUUGUCCUAUUUUGGAUCCAACUCCCGAAGAAAAUCCUCCGUGUCGUGUCGGUUCUAUUAACUGUUGGUCUUUUAGUUUAUACCUAUGUUAUAUAAUUUUAAUAGUGGGCGUUUUUGCUGUAUGUUGUGUUAUUGAUCCAAAUUAUGAUGCUAUUUGGUAUGAACGUGUUCCUUUAUCUAGCAUUGAGGCUAGAGUACCUGAUGUACAACCUUCAUCCAAACGUUAUUGGCUAAACCAAUUACUACAAGAAUAUUUCUAUCAACAAGGUUUCAUUUGUGCAAGGCACCCUUGGUAUACCAUUAUUUUUGCUGGAAUUUUCGUAUUAUUAGCCUCAUCAGGCUGGGCCUGUUUUUCGGUGGAAACUGAUCCUGUACGACUUUGGGUCGCUCCAAAUUCUGAUUCUGCUCUUCAUAAAGAAUAUUUUGAUCAAAAUUUUGGUCCUUUUUAUCGAACUCAACAAAUUUUCAUUACGAAUAAAAAUGAUUCUCAAAAGAACCAAAUUCGUGAUCUUAAAUCAACCCCUCAUAAUUAUACUCUACAGGAUUUAUGUUUUCAUCCUAAUGGUGAUGCGUGUAUUGUUCAAUCGGUAGCGGGCUAUUGGCAAUCUAACAUUGAUAAUUUCAAAGAAGAAACUUGGGAAAAUGAUUUUGGCACUUGUACAUCUGCUCCUUCAUUUUGUUUACCUGAUUUUCAGCAACCAUUAAAACCCGAUAUGAUUCUUGGAGGUUUCGAAAAUUCUAAUUAUAAACAAGCAAAAGCUUUGGUGUUAACCUUUGUUUUGAAUAAUUAUUUGGAAAAAGAUAAAGCAAAAAUGGCUGAAGAAUGGGAAGAAAAAUUGAGAAAAUAUUUGCACAAAGUCAUUGAAGGUGAAAAUGAUGAUGUUGAUGUUACUGAUAUUAGAAUAAGCUUUUCAACAGAAGUUACGUUAAUUAUCGCUGAAGUCAUUCCAUUUCUUGUACUAGCCGUGGGAGUAGAUAACAUUUUUAUUCUUAACCAUGAAUUUGAGAGAUUGACUUUAAGAUCAGGUGGUGAAGAGUCUGUUGAAGAGCGUAUUGCAAAAACUUUAGGUCGAAUGGGACCAAGUAUACUUCUUAGUGCGUUAAGUGAAACUAUCGCAUUCGGUUUGGGUGGCAUAGUUACAAUGCCGGCUGUACGAAAUUUUGCUCUUUAUGCUGCUUUAGCUGUAUGGGUAGAUUAUUUAUUACAAGUAACUGUGUUCAUAGCGUUUCUAUCAUUAGAUGCUAAACGACAAGAGGAUGAUAGGAUGGAUUGUUUUCCAUGUAUUAAGAUUGAAAAUGCACCAGAAAGGAUAGAUAGAGAAGGUACACUUCAAAAAUGGAUGAGAAAGUAUUAUGCACCGUUCAUAUUAAAUAAAAAUGUUAAGAUCACAGUAAUUACAAUAUUUAUUGGUAUAUUUAUGAUUGGACUAAGUUUGGUACCUCAAGUUGAUGAUUCCUAUCUUAUUGAUUAUUUCGAUGAUUUGGACAAUUAUUUCCGUGUCGGCCCACCUGUUUACUUUGUUGCCAAAGAUGUAAACGUUACAAAAAAAGAAGGUCAACGGGCUUUAUGUGGACGUUUUAGUACAUGUGAUCGAUUUUCAUUAUCCAAUACCUUGGAGCAAGAACGCAAAAGACCACAUGUAUCAUAUAUAGCGGAGCCUACAGCAUCAUGGAUUGAUGAUUUCUUGCAUUGGCUUAACCCAUCGCUUGAAAUGUGUUGCCGAUUAAAAAAAGGUUCCGAUCCUGUUGAAAUGUGUGAUAUAUUUGAUGAUGAAGAAGAUUGUCAGACUUGUUUUAAAGAUCAUGAACCCAAAUGGAACAUUACAAUGAAGGGUUUACCAGAAGGGAGUGAAUUUCUAUAUUAUAUGAACCUUUGGAAAAAUUCUCCACCUGAUGAAUCAUGUCCAUUAGCAGGAAAAGCAGCGUACGGAGAUGCAAUAGUUUCAAGCCCAGAACAUAACACAGUAGUAGCAAUGAGAGCAUUUGUAGUAGGAGGUGAAGGGGUAGAUAGAAAUGAGAGAGCGUACGGAGCGAUAGUAGAUGUAGGAAGUUCAGUAUUUUCGGGCAUUACAUUAACCAAAUUUUGGGGAAUAUUAGUAUUGGCGUUUACUAGAAGCAAAAUAUUCGAAGUCUAUUAUUUUAGAAUGUAUGUUAGUAUGGUUAUAGCAGGAGCAUUGCAUGGAUUAGUAUUAUUACCAGUGGUAUUAAGUAUAAUUGGAGGUGAAGGUGUUGGAACAGGAGAAGACUUUGAUUAUGAUAUUGCUGAUGAGGUACUUGGAGGAAGACCUAUCAGAAGAGCGGAUAAUAGAAUGCUUGUAGAUGAUGGAGGAAUUGAAAGUGGAGAGAGUGAUGCAGAAUU